UAGCUGCCUAACAUGUUCGGGAACGUACGAUCUACCAUCCUCUCCCUGAUGAUCGGAUCCUACGCUUCCUCUGCGGUCACCUUCCCUGGAGUCAAGGUUAUCUAUGACCUGGGCGUGUCGUUCCGCAUCAUCAUGUGGGUGUGGUCGGCCAUGGCCUGCGGAGUCUUCCUCAACUGCUUCCUGAACUGGCCUGCUGAGUCCUUCCCUGCACCUGAAGACGUCAGAUACACUAAAAAGGUGAAGCUGAGUGGAGUUGUGACUGAGGACAAGGUAACUGGGGACAGGUACGUGACCCACGUGGCGCUCAUGGAAGACAUGAUGGGACCCAAGCAGCCAGAACCCGAGCAUGCAGACUCACAAAGCCCACCCCAAGGCGGGCUGCCACUCUGUCACUCUGUGUGCUCGCCCAUCUUAUUGUGGAGUGUCAUCACCAUGGCAAUGACCCAGCUGAGGCUGAUCUUCUUCAUGGGUGCCUUGAACAAGAUGCUGGAGUUCCUGGUCACCCACGGCCAGCCAAACCCUUCAGAAGAGCUGCUGCAGGAGGUGGAGGAACAAGUUGUUGGUUUCUACUCCUCUAUCUUCGGAACGAUGCAGCUGUUGUGUCUUGCCACCUGUCCUUUGAUUGGCUACAUUAUGGACUGGAGGUUGAAGGAGUGUGAAGAGGAAAAUGCAAAGAACAGCGAAUAUGAUCCCACAAAGAGAGACAGAAAGAUCCAGAAACUGACAAAUGCCAUGAGAGCUUUCAUCUUCACCAACCUCCUAUUGGUCACCUUCGGAAUCCUUUCCAUGAUUGACAACCUGCCCAUCCAGUUGGUGUCCUUUGUCCUGCACACCAUAGUGAGAGGAUUUAUCCACUCCUGCUGUGGAGGUCUCUAUGCAGCUGUGUAUCCAGCCAACCACUUUGGAACACUGACAGGCAUGCAGUCCAUGGUCAGUGCUGCCUUCGCCCUGCUGCAACAGCCACUGUUCAUCCUGAUGCUGGGACACCUCAAUGGAGAUCCUUACUGGAUCAAUCUGGGCCUUCUCAUCAUGUCCGUGGCUGGCUUCCUGUUGCCAGGCUAUCUAUUCUAUCACCGUAGAAACCUGACCCGGGCAAAGGCAGAACGUGAUAGGUUGGCUGCCAGCCAAUCAGACAAGGAGAAUGCUCCUCUAGCCCAAUCAGAUGGUAGAACUGCUAAUAGCCAAGCCAAUGGGCUUGCAGCUAAUGGCUACACAACAAAUAACGUUCAGUAGUUUAUUUAUUGUGAGGAUGCAAAUGCCACUACAAUUUUUAUUUGAAACAUUUAAGAAGCACAUUACAGGACAGUUUAAAAUGGACAAGGAAGCUACAU